AUGGCGACCGCCUCGGCGAGUCGAGAAAACGGCAGCGAGGAGGAAGCGCUCGCCGCGCUCCGCCGGGUGUUGCAGGCCUGGUCGGGGUCUCCCCAGGCGUCGGCGGGGGAGCCCGAAAGCGAUGUCGAAGGGACGGACGCACGCGCCCUGAAGAAUGCGGCCUUCCUUGACUCCCUGCUACAGCUCGUCGCGCAGUUGGAGCGUCUCAACGGCGACGCAGGCAGAUCCGAGAGAGGCAUUCUCAGCGACGCCCUCUGCGCCGGGGACGCGAGACACCUGGAGCCUGUCGCAGGUGAGCCGUGCGCACAGUCCGAGGCCAGCGCAGCCGUCUGCGGCCUCUUGACCUCGGAGCUUCCCCUCUCCGUUGCCGAGUCGCACGCCUACGUCAGGCGUCUUCUGCAUCGCCAGCAGCUGGAGCGUUUGGAACCUUCCGGCCGAGACUGCCGACCACGCCCGGAGAGCCUCCCUGGGACCGGGGCUGUCUCCGAACCGAAACGGGAGAUGCCGUGCUUCCCCUUGUCUCGAGGCGAGGUGGAGCCGGCGGGGCUGCGCCGUGCAGGCAGCCUCCCGUCGCCGGCUGCGCUCUUUCGACCUUCGCCUGCCUCGCUGCUGGUGGCGUCGCCCUCCGCACGGUACUGUCCGAAGAGACCCCGGCACGCGCCGCCGGCGAGUCCGCCGCAGCUGGACGACAGUUUCAUCCGAGCAAUCCUCUCGGGCGAACACAGGCCGCUGCAACGCCGAACGGAAGAGGCAAGACGCGCUCGCGAGAAACACGUCAAGGACGAGGCGAUGAAUGGAAUCGACGCCGACGCCCUCAAACGCGAACACUGCGAACGGUGGAAAGCCCACGUCGGCGGCCUCUUCAUCCCCAUCUUCGACACAGACGACGAAUACCGAGACGACUACGACCCUGGUUACCGAAUCUUGGACUUGGCUGAAGCUCACUACAUUCACGACUGCCACACGUUCCGGCAGAACCCCGUGGAUUUGGUGGGGGGUCUAUCUGCAUGUAGCCGCCGGCCGCGGCUCUCUGCGCACCUCGAGCGGAUCUACGCGAGUCGGCGAAGCGCGUCUCUGCGAGACGUGCGCCUCGAGGCUUCGCGGUGCGCGGCUGCUGCCGCCGCCUCGGGAGUCAAGAGCGAAGGUCCAGGCGAGGCCUCGCAGCUGCCAGGAUCCUGCUACGCCGCCCCGCAUGCGGGCAGCGGGGAGCGUCGAGGCUCGCCGCAGUUCGGCGCCUGGGGCAGCGCCUCCGGCGCGGGGGGACAGGAGCCACGGCUCGGCGAGGGCAGGACUUCCCGCGUGGGCCCUCGCCCCGCGUUCGCUCCAAGCGGUCCAGGGACAGGAGCCAGCGGGGCCGGGCGGUCGGCUUCCCCGUCGUUUGGUCUCCGAGAGGACCAGGAACUGGAGACUGCGCGCAAAGACUCGCACUGCGUCUUUGAGUUUCGUCGCGAUCCUGCAGAGAGCGCGAGGGACGCGUCGCAGAGGGGGAAGGAGGCCGGUCGGGAACCGCGGGCUGUCUCCCUCGAGGACGAGCUGGCCGACUGCACCGUGCAGGUUUCCUCCGUCUUUUCGACGUCGAAGUCGCCCUUCGCCAGCAGCCCCGCGCCCGAAGAGACAGACGGUGCCGGCCCCGCCGCUGGGUCUGGUGGCUCUUUUGCGCUCACGCCGUCAGCGCGAGGCUCCCGGCCGGCCGUCCCGGGGGCGGAGACCCGCGCGGUGCGCGUGGAGACGCCUGCAGGCGGGGGUGACCGGAGUACCUUGUCGACCGCGGAAGAGGAGCAACUCGCCGCGUACGAGAGAGAAAUGAAAGUCUGCCAGGCGUGGCGGGAUCGGUAUUGCAACGGAGACCCUGCCGCGUUUCGCGCGCGUCAACAGUCCACUCGGUCCGCCUACAUUCUCUCGUUUGAGGGCUGCAGAGACGCCGAGCCGGCCGAGCGAGUCGCGCCUUCUCUCGCGAGCGACGGCCUCGCCCCGUUCUUGCGGCCCCUGUACCCCAAGAGUGACGAUGCCUUUUACCCAGUGCGCGUCCUGCCUUUCUCGCGCCGCGCCGGGCACAGCGACAGGCGCUCAGCGUCCAGAAGCGUCGACAGAGAAGAGCUCGUGCGCGAGGAGACCCGGACGGACGGCGCGGAAGCUGGCGAGAGCGAGCGCGCAAACAAGGCCGCGAAAGCGAGCGACGCGUUGUCCCAGCAGGGGGGCGUCGGCGCGACGCGCGCGCCCCGGACCAGCGGCGCCGAGGACAGGGGCGAGGACGCGCCGGGGAUCGAGGGUGCCCAGACGGACUCGGCGAAACGCCGAAUGCAACGGGACAGCGUAGUCGCGACGCAGGCUGCGCAAGGACAUGGGGCGAGAGACAACGGCGCGCCGGCGAUCGUCUACGACUGCUUCCAUCUCAAAGUGGUCUUUGAGCGCGGGCGCACCGGCUUCGAAGACCACCGGGAACUCGUCCUCCCGCCGGGCACGCUUCUCGCGGGCCGGUACCAGGUCGAGAAAGAAGUGGGCCGGGCUGCUUUCUCGCGGUGUCUCCGGUGCAUCGACACCGUGACGAACCGACAGGUGUGCCUGAAGGUGAUUCGGAAUGAGAAGGAGUACAUGGAUCAGUCUUUGGACGAGGUGAAGACGCUGCGUUUUUUGAGUGCGAACGGGGACCCUGACGCGUUGCAUUUUUUGCGUCUGUGCGACUUCUUCUACCACCGCGAGCACUUGGUGUUAGUCACCGAGCUGCUUUCUCAGAAUCUCUACGAGUUCUCUUCCUUCUUCCGGAAGAACCACUUGCCGUCGUUCUGGACGGUCGGGAAGAUUCAGCGCGUCGCCCAGGAGCUGCUGGUUGCCUUGCGCUUCGUCCACUCCCUCAACGUCGUGCACUGCGACUUGAAGCCGGAAAACAUUCUGCUGCAGCCCCAGGCGAUCACCGACACGCGCUUCUACAAGACUCUCUCGCAGCAACAGCCGAGCGCAGUUGUCGCGCAGGUGUUUGACGAGCGCGCGUGCCGCGAGAGAGACCUCGCCUCCGACCGAGAAGGCCUCGCUGUCCUUGCCAGGAACGGAGCUGUCGGGACUGCGCACGCGUCGCCGCUGUCGCCGUUCUCCCUCCAGUACGGGUCUUCCGCGUCCGGCCCCGCCCCGGGUGUCUCCAAGUCCCUGUCUCCAGAGGCCGGUUUGCAUGCGCCGGUGUCGGUGAAGCUGAUCGAUUUCGGGAACAGUUGCUUGACUUCCGACCCGUUGAUCACGUACGUCCAGUCGCGGAGUUACCGGGCGCCUGAGGUGUUGCUGGAGCUGCCGUAUGACACGAAGAUCGACAUUUGGUCUUUGGGCUGUGUGCUGUUUGAGUUGUGGACGAGCGUCGUGUUGUUCAUGAACGACUCCGUCCAUUCGCUUCUUGCGCGCAUCGUGGGAAUCAUCGGACAGCUGCCCUGGUACAUGGUGGAGAAGAGCCCCAAGAAGGAGGAGUUCUUCGACAGCGACGGGUACUUGUACGUGGUGUUGCCUUCGGAGAACGGCGAGUGGUCGCCCGGCGGGGAGGCCAAGGGAAAGGGCGUGCGGAGCCGCGAAGACGAGAAAAGUCGCGAGGAGGGAGACACAGACGGGAAGCGCAGUGGCCGGGACGCAAGCAUGGACGCCCCGGGACGCAUGCUCCGUUUUCUCUUGCCGAAACGGACCAGUCUGCGUCAGCGCAUGCGGGCGACCGACGAGGUCUUCAUUGAUUUCCUGGAAAAGAUGCUCAUCAUCGAUCCCGCGCAGAGGUGGGACGCGAACCAACUCCUCAGUCACCCCUUCCUGGACAAGCACCGGUACGCAGACGGCCUGUAG